UUGAUCUGCUUCUUAAUGACGAGCGUUCUUCCUGGGUCUUUCCUGCUCAGUGAGCAUGAGAUGAGCCUUCCCACGGGGGAUGUUGCCUGCGAGUCGCCUCAUUCAUGUGUGCCACGCUGCGCCGUCGCCGUCCUCUUCCCUUUUGCCUCGCUGCGCUCUAAGAAACUGACAGUCCGGCGCGACAGGUGGCCCGAAAACACAGAAAACACCGAAAACACAGAAGAGAGAUCAAGCAUGUCAAAAGAGGGAGAUAGAGCAGCUGUGUUUCGCACCACCAAAGUUCGGACCAAGCUGAAGGGAGACGCCAGCUGGUUGCAGCGCAGCAAGGAACCUGAGACUGAAGCCCAGGAGGAGAAACCAUGGGUGGCAGAAGUAAGAGCCAGUCGUUUGAAUGGAGCCCCCAUUGAGACCAGUCCGGUGUCUUCACCAACAGAACCCACGCCGCCCAAGACGGACACCGAAAGAGCACCAGCAUCAGGAUACCUGAUCAGAGGCGUUUUCACAAAACUCGACCAGCCCGCCCCGUCCGCAACAUCCAACGGCCACAGCAAAACAACACAGUUCACCAAAAAACCUUCGGAGACCUACAAGAGAAUAGCCCCUCACACCGUGAGACCUUCCCUGGAGAAGCAGGAGGGCCAGCUGAGCUUCGAGGAGCAGGAGAGGCGGACGGAGGCGGCCAGCAAUGUUCUGAAGAGAUCAGCAGUCAGGCAUCGGUCUUACGUGCUUUCUGCCGCUAAGAAAUAUGAGUCCAAAGAAAAUGAGCCUGAGACAUCAGUGGACAGCACCCUUGUGUCAUUUGUGGCCAAGAGGGUGGAGAUUACCGACGAUGAUGACACCGAUGGGACUCCAGCACCUGCCAGCGCUGCCCCUCCCUCCCCCGUUGUUCCCGCAACAUCCGUCGCCCCCGCGCCUGAGCCCAGUCCGCAGAAAAUAGUCGAUGCCGUCGUUAAGACGUCGGCUGAAGCGGCGGUCAAAGAGGCUCCGAAGGUGGAGGAGGCCGCCCCGGAGCCCGUGAAAGAGGAGCCCACCCCUGCGCCCGUUACAGAAAAAGACCCAUUCGAAGGCAUGAAACCAGGGUGCACCAAGGUGGACACGCCUCUGCCUGAACUAGUGGUUGGGUGUGUUCCGGCUGCUGCUACCAAACCAGAACAGGAGGAUUCUGGACACGCCGCUGCACCCCUGGUUGAACUUUGUCCGCCGUCGCAAAGUGAUGAAACUCCAGCCCCGUCUUCAGCUGUCGCAGAAUCACCUGCCCCGGUGUCUGUCGUGGCAGCAAGGAAAGUAGAAACUAAAGUUGAACCUGAAGUGAAGUCAGAGCCAGAACCAGAACCAGAACCAGCAAAAGCAGCAGUUCAGCCAGAGCCAGAGCCAGAGCCAGAGCCGAAAGCUCAACCAAGCCCCGCCGUUGACACGCUCGCUGCCUUGUCCGACACCCUUAUUGGAUUCGACACAAGUUCUCCCAGCUCUAAGGACGAUGAGCCAGCGCUGGCAAAGGAAGAGGGAGGCUCAGCGGACAGUCCCACCACAGGGAACAGCACUGAAGAGGAGCCAGCACCGGCAAUCAGUAAUUGUGUACCAAUAACAGACGAUCUCCUGGGCUUCACUGAUGGUCCGGAGGAGCCCGCAGAGCCCGUUCCCCCCAGCCCGGGACGCUGGAGCCAGGAUCUGCUUAGCGAACUAGAGAGUGAGCCAGUCCCAGAAAAGAGCAGUGGGCCCCUGGAUCUCCUGGCCAAUGAUAUCAUUGAAUUCAACACAGAGGCACGCAGCCUCAGCACACAGCAAGAAGAGGAGGAGCAGACAGAUGAGACAGCCAAAGAAACACAAAGCGAAGAGCACAAUGCAGAUCCCUGGAGCUCACGUGUGACAAACGUUGUCACCGAAUCGAGCUCGGCUGAUCCGUUUGAUCCAUAUCCGAUAGGGACCACAUCCCCCAACAGCUCCUCUGACCUGCUCCAGCCCCUCUCCCACAUUUCCAUCAACAGUCCACCACGAACAUCCACGGAGGACAGCAUUUUAACUCCAGAAAACAACGCGCUGGUAUCCUUGGCAGACGACAUCAUCCCUAUAAACACCGACACCUCAAGCACUCAGCGGUCGUGGGCACGCACGUGGGAAGUCAGCGCACCUCAGCAGGCCGACGCAGAAGAGAGCCAAGACGCGGAGCCGGAGCCCGAGCCGGAGGCGGAGGGCCAAGAUGAAGAUCAACACACGCUGAUCAAGUUUGAGAGAAAGUCCACUGAGAAUGACUCCCCGUGGGACAGAUGGACCUCACCCACUGUCUAUACUGUCACCACUGAGGAGGACGAGGAGGAAGAGGAGGAAGCGGAGGAAGAAAGCCCGGAGGAUGUACAGACAGUCACAACCACCACUAUCAGAGAGAUAUACAACGAGCCAGAGCCGGAGCCUGCUAUGGAUCGAUAUGAACCCUAUUCCAGGACGGUGAAAGAAGAAGAGCAGCGUGUCCAAACACCAGAACCCAAAAAGGGCUUCGUGUAUGUGAAGGAGUACGUCAACGCAACGGAGCUGUCCUUGCACAACCCCAGAGACACAAUCGACGGCGGGUUGGAUUAUUUGUCUUCAAGCUCCGCCACUUACUCCUACAGCAGCCCCACCGCUUACUCCAGAGCCCCGCUCGCGUCCACCUGUACGUACUGCGGAGAGCAGGUGGGCAACGACGCCAAGAUUACCAUCGAGCACCUAAAUAUCAACUGCCACCCUGCCUGCUUCAAGUGCGGCGUGUGUAGUAAGCCUAUGGGAGAUCUCCUCCACAGCAUGUUCCUACAUGGUGGGACGGUUCACUGCGAGAGCUGCUACGCCACAGUCAACUGAUUAUGAAAGCUCUCUGGCAGCCUCUUAUCCUCCUUCAUGUUCAUUUGCAUAUAAAGUGAGAACCGGUCUUCCACAAAGUUUGGACUGUGUUUGAAUAUAGUUUAAGGUGAUCAAAGAGACUGUGAUAGUGAAUACUUAACGCUUACAUUGGGUUAAUGUCUCAAAAUUUUCCUUUCCGUGUUGGUGAAAGCUAUAUCUGCCUCGGUGUACAAUGAAGGAUAUGUCUGUCAAACAUGUUACGUCCACAAAUGAACAGACGGACACCGGCAAGUGGGGUACAGUGAUAUAAUUUAGCGAAAUGACUUUGUUACAAAAUGUUUGCUCCUCUUGAUACAAAUACUGUGUUCACGUGUACUUUUGAUGCUUUGUUAACAAAAUAAAAUGAUUCAUAUGGUGUAAA